AUGUCCAACAAUAGUGGAUUGGAUAUAACAAAUUUAGAGGAUUUACGUGAUCCAUCGGGGAUUUUUUCACUGAUUGAAGUUGUGGGCAAAGGUACUUAUGGCAAUGUUUACAAGGGACGAUACACUCGAACUGGUCAGCUAGCUGCCAUCAAGGUAAUGCCAAUUACAGAAGAGGAUGAAGAAGAAAUUAAGCUGGAAAUCGAUACUUUAAAAAAGUUAUCGAAUCAUCGAAAUAUUGCCAGUUAUUAUGGUGCAUUUAUUAAAAAAUCUUCACCUCGUGAUCAUCUUUGGCUUGCUAUGGAAUAUUGUGGUGCUGGAUCAGUUGCUGACUUGAUAAAAAGUACUCGAACUAAAUCACUCAAAGAAGAUUGGAUUGCUUAUAUUAGUCGAGAAAUUCUCCGGGGUCUUAUGCAUUUACAUGCCAAUCGUGUGAUUCAUCGAGAUAUUAAAGGUCAAAAUGUAUUGCUCACUGAUAAUGCUGAAGUGAAACUUGUUGAUUUUGGAGUGAGUGCACAAUUGGACAAAACAUUCGGUAAACGGAAUACAUUUAUUGGCACUCCUUACUGGAUGGCGCCUGAAGUGAUACACUGUGAACAGGACUCCAGUUGUACAUAUGAUGCUCGUUCAGAUAUUUGGUCAUUGGGUAUUACAGCUUUAGAAAUGGCUGAAGGUCGACCACCAUUAUGUGAAAUGCAUCCAAUGCGUGCACUGUUUUUAAUUAUGCGUAAUUCACCACCUCGACUAAAACAAUCACCGAAUGGAUCUCGACAUUGGACACCAAGAUUUCAUGAUUUUGUUAAUAAGUGUUUAACUAAAGAUUUUCAUAAACGUCCAAAUACAUCAGAAUUAUUUCGACAUGAAUUUAUUACAAAUUUACCAAAUGAACGACAAAUUCGAAUUCAACUUAAAGAUCAUAUUGAUAGACAUAAACGAAAUAGGCAAACUGAAGAACACGAGAAGAUUUACGAAUAUGAAGGAAGUGAUGAAGAGGAGGAAGAAGAAACUAGUGCAGCUGUUAAAGGAGCUGCUGCCGCUGCUCUAGCUAUGUCAGCUGCUGCUAGUGGUAAUGGUCAGCCACAUCGUCUACCUAGUCAGAUUGGUCAUCAUCCACCUCAAUUUCGUGUACCGUCAGAUAAACAAAAUCAUGGUCAGGUAGUUCGAACCAGUGGAGUUCAUGAUCAAAAUGAAGUAGCACCAUUUGUUCCACAACCAUCUGUAUCAGGAUUAAACUUUAGACAACAUGGACAUAUGGUUCCAGGUGGAAAUAUUAUGAAUGAUAACCUACCAAUGAAUCCUCGACUCAUCUCACGAAACCCUAUGUCUGCAGUUAAUAAGUUGCCAGCUGUUACACCACAAUCAAUGAUGCCUCAUAAUAGUAGGUUAUCAAGGUUAGAUGAAGGUGAAUCAGCAACGGUCAAUGCUAAAGAACCAGGUGAAAAUACACUUCGUCAAAAUUUUGCUCGUUUACAGGAACGUGAACACCAUCCUUCUGUAGGUGUUGCCCCUCAACGAUCUGCCAAUGGACGCCCACAAUCAUCUGGUCAUCACUUUCCUCAACAUUCACGACCUUUGAAUAGCAGUCGUGGACCACCAGGAUAUAAUCAGUCACAACAACAGAUACAUCCGAAUCAACCAAAAUUGGGUGUUCUAGCUGCUGGGAAUCGUCUAGCUGACACAGGCGGCCCAUCACCUCAUACUGCUACAGUCUCAGAUACACCUAUAGAUAGUCAAUCUGUAACUAACAAUGAAAUUGUAUCCACCUCAUCCUCAGUUAAUAAUCCGGUCACUACACCUUUAUCAGUUAUCGGUGCAAUUGGUGAUAGUGGGCAGUUUUCGCAUCAUUUUCCCCUACAACAUCAUAGAGCAUCUGUGCCAAAUCCUCUCAAUUCUUUUCAUCCAACUGUUGUUACGACUUGUUCAUCGUCGUCAUCAUCAUCAUCACCGUCAAUCUGUUCAAAUAAUCCUUUGGGUAAUCUACUGAUUUCACCAUUUCGUGCAAAACUUACCAAUCCUGGUCCACCACCUGUUCCACUACAUCAGCAGGUUCGUAUUAAUAAUAAUAAUAAUAGUAAUAAUAAUAAUGGUGGAUUGAAUGGUGCAGUACAUAAUGCAUCAGGUGUACAAGUAUCUGGGAUUCAACAUCAAACUGAUGAACUGAAUGGUUCAUCUAGUGUCACUGGAAUGGCUAACGCUGCUAGUUCUCGUCUUCAACACAUUGUGGCACCGAAAUUUCCAUCAACUCGACCAACAAGUCAGGUUGUACCACAUUUAGACCUUCGUAAACCACCAUUGGAAUCAGCUUUACCUCAGUCGAUCAUCACGUCGACUAGUCCAGUUGUUAACCAAUCCAAAUCAUCUGCAAAUGUAAGUAUAUCGAGUCCUGUUAAUCGAUCAAGUGGAGCUGCGAUGGCUUUUGCUGCAACAACCACUACGACCACCACAACUACGAUAACAUCAGUACCGGCUAGUACAACAACAGUGACAACAACAACAGCAAGUGAAGUUUUUAACCCUAACUUUACUCGUCAACCGAUAGCAUCAAAUGUAGCAUCUGGAUUGAGCAAUCGAUCUCCAGCACACCAAGUAUCCUUAAUUGGUGAAAAUGUUUCAACGAAGAAUAUCACUACAACAAUUGCAAACAAUGGUACAUGUAUAAAUAAUAAUAAUCAACCUGGACUUCGUUCACAUGCUAAUAAACAACUGUCGAAUCGUCAAAAUUCCAGUGUUAUUCCACAAAAAUUACAUCAUCCUCAUCAUUUGCAUCAACAGCACAAUCUACAUCAUAUAAAUAAAAAAUCCGAGAGAUCAUGUCUUGAGUUUGGAAAACAGAAUAAUUUAUUAAAAUCCAUGGGGAAAGCCUCAUUAUUACCUGUUCUAAGUAGUCGUAGCAUAAGUACUAGUAUUCCGGUGGAUACAGUCUUGCCAACAUUAAAACAAAUAGACAGUAAACCUACCAUUCCCUCUUCAUCUUCGCAUGUUUUUUCAUCUCCAUCUCAUUUAUUAACUUCCUCCCCGUUAACACUUGUUUCAUCGACAUCUGUAUCAUCCACGAAUGUUAGUACUCAUCAGUUUCAUAUUAAUUUAUUCCAAUGGCUUAAACAAGCUCAACUGAAUCCAUCGUCUGCAUCAUUAGUGUAUUUAAGAGAACAGCUUCGAGAGAAUCCAUUCUUUCAGCAAUUUCACGAUCAUCAUCAUCAUCAACAUCACCACCAACAACAACAACCACCACCACCACAUGGAACUCAAUCACAUAUACCACGUGUAACAACAUUAAAUGUAAUACCAAAAACAACAUUAACUUCUACAACAAAUAUUAUUCAUCAUUUCCCAAGGCAACAACAAACAAAUGUUUUUAGUCAUCUUGAUGAAACAGCACAAAUUGAUCAAUCAUUAAUAGAUAAUGAUUGGUUUGGGUCUAAUGUUGACUUAAUUGAAGUAAAUCAUGCUGUUGAUAAGAACAAUGAUGACAAUUUAUCUGUUGUUGAUUUGUCAUUCAUUCAAACCAUAGUCUCAGAACCAUUAUUAACUACAUCAUCUCCAAAACCACCUUUAGGUCCAAAAUUAUUAAGACGUAAACUACCUAAACCAAGACCAGAUGAGUUGAUUGUUGUUGAAGAAGAUGAUUAUGAUGAUGGUAAUGAUAAUAAUAGCCAAGAAUUGAUCGAAAGUGAUCAACAUCUUACUUCCUAUCGUUUUAACUUGGAUGAAAUCUCUCGUAUUUAUGAUACACCUAUAAUUACUAACUGUGAAAACAUAGACUCAGUAAAAGAUGAUGAACCAUCUCAACAAAUUGUCGAGUGUGAUAACUGUUCAAUCAUAACUGAAGAACAAACUAAUAAUAAUAAUAAUAAUGAUCAAACAAAACCUGAAGAAAUGAUAAAUUUACAAUCGGAACUUGAUCAACUAGCUGCACAAUUGACUAGUUUAGGUGCUGUUUCACCUAGUCCUCAUCGACAAAAUAAUCGAAAUCAAUUGAAUGGAAAAUCAAAUACAGAUAAACAACCACCAUCAUCACAUCAUCAGCAACAACAACACCAACAACAACAGUCUUAUGAAGACAAUAAUGUUAAAUUAUCAAAAUCCUCUAAUGAAUCAGUUACAUCAACUGAACCAAUAUCUGUAAUGCAAAAAUUAAAUCGAACUAGUUCACUUUCUUCAACCUCGUCAACAUCUUCAUCCUCAUCAUCAUCAUCCACUACGAAUUCUUCUUCUGUAUCAUCUGAUUUUCAUGCUAAUAGAGAUUCACCAGUCCAUGUGGAAAAUAAACAUUCACCAUGUAAUUCAUCUUCAAUAAGUAGAUCUCAUUCUAUUGAUUCAAAUCGUGAAUAUCAUACAUCAAGUACUUGUUCUACAUCUUCUGUCUCAACUAUUUCUUCAUGUGAUUCUAAUCAACGUAAAAAUCAUGAAAAUGCAUGUAGAGUUUUAUUCAAUGGUAAACGACAUUCUGAAGUAGAUCCUCGUCGACUUACUGUUGUUGAAAAUGUUCGUGUGUUAAAUAACAAUAUUGAUAAGAUAGAGCUUAGUGAAAAAACUGAUUUUAAUGAACCUAAUGAUUUCGAUGGAAUACAAAGAGAUCAAGUAAAAUGCAUCGCUUCUGGGGAUGAUGAUUUUAAUUGUGGAGCUUACAGUAUACACAACGAUGUUGAAGACGAAGAAGACACUGGAGUUGGAGGAGGAGAAGAAGAGGAGGAUGAAGAUGAAGGUGAUGUCAUUGUUGUUGAAGAGGAAGAAGAGAAUGGUGCUGAUCUAGAAGAGGCUGAACAAUUAAGAGCUACUUUGUCUAUUGUUCGUGCACGUCAAAGAUCAUCCUUUGAUAAUGGAUCCAUGGGAAACGCUGAUAUUGGUGUUGGUAGUGUUGUCACAAAUGAACAACCUCCAUGCUAUAUGGAUAGUGGAACAUUGUCCAAUGCAGCUGUAAAAUGGCAUAAAGAAGGAAACUUCAUUUCUUUUAAUAAUCCUCAUUAUUGUAGCGACAAUAUGAUGAUGCACUCAGCAAAUUUCAUGCCUGAUUCACAAAUUAUCCUGCCUCCACCACUUCCUCCACGCUCUAAACGCCAUUCUUCUUACUUAGAAUCUCACUAUCCUAUACCUGUACACCGAACUUUUGUAGUUUCACCUCCAUGCCAUAUUUUAUUAGAGUUAGGUUCAUCCAAGCAAUCAAGGCGUUAUUCUGCACCAGGUCUUUCGAUUUUCAAACCAUCCGAUGAAUUUGCCAAAGAAACUUUACACAGUUUAGCAUCGAUUAUUGAAUCAACCGCUGGAACAAUUGGCCGAUCUGAAUCCAAUUUGACAUCACCGUCUGGGAAUAAUAAUGUUAAAUACAUUGUUUCAAAUGGUCAUUCAACUACAACUGAUCUACCUUCAUGUACAGAUAAAGUGAAAGUUACAAUUUCAUCACGAAAUAUCUCACAUAUUGGUGGUGUUCCACAUUCAUCAUCAUCAAAAUUAAUUAUAAAUGAGAAAGAAGGAUGUACAAAAACACACGAAACUGUAUCACCGCCACCACAUUCUUCAGACAGUAGUACUUCUGCUGUUCAAGGCGGUUUAUCUAACAAGCCAUCAUAUCAACCAACUGAGAUAAGCACAAGUAUUUCAACCAAUCAGCCUUCUUUAGGACAAUCCAGCAUAGGUCAGAAAUCAAGUCCACAAAUCUCCCCUCAGCCUGCAGUAAUUAUAGACUCAAAUAAAGCACUUCCUAGUUCUGUUUGGUCAGUCCAGCCAAAUGGUAAUCUUGGUCAUAGAGGAGUUUCAGGCCAAAAAUCGAAAAACCAGUUCGAUGUACAACUUUCACAUUCAAACUCUAAUCUGCCGCCAUCAUCUAACACUAGUAGUAGUAGUAGUAGUAGUGGUUUAAUCAAAUCAAUCGGUUUACCUAAUCCAUUAAGUGCUAAUUUAUUAAAUUUCAAUUUACCAUCAAUUAUAACUACAUCUACUACUAGUACAGUGAUUACUGCUGGUUCACAUUUAUUGCCUACAUGUGUUACUAGUAGUAGUAGUGGUGCUAGUUCUAUAUCAACAACAAAUGUUAAUUUAACCGGUAAUGAUACACCGGAAAUACAAGUUUAUAAAAAACGUUUCAAUUCAGAAAUUUUAUGUGCAUCAAUGUGGGGUGUAAAUUUAUUAAUUGGUCUGGAAACUGGUCUUUCUUUAUUGGAUCGUAGUGGUGAAGGUCGUGUUUAUUCUUUAAUUACAAGACGAAGAUUUUCAAGAAUGGAUGUUUUAGAAGGCCAGAAUAUUUUAGUUACUAUAUCUGGACGCAAAAAUCGUGUACGCGUGUACUAUUUAUCUUGGCUUCGUAGUAAAAUUAUGAAAACUGAAGGAUGUGACAAGAAAAAUGGAUGGGUUAAUGUCGGUGAAAAUUUGCAAGGCGCUGUACAUUUUAAAAUUGUAAAAUAUGAGAAAAUUAAAUUUCUUGUCAUCGCAUUAAGAGAUUCUGUAGAGAUUUAUGCUUGGGCUCCUCGUCCUUAUCAUAAAUUCAUGGCUUUUAAAAGAUUCUCUGGACUCAAACAUCGACCAUUAUUAGUGGAUUUGACCGUUGAAGAAGAUACCCGUUUAAAAGUUGUAUAUGGUUCAUCGAAUGGUUUUCAUGCUAUUGACUUGGAUUCGAACAUAGUAUUCGACUUAUAUAUGCCUUCGUUGAUUAAUUCACAUAUUACUCCUCAUUGUAUAGUAGUACUUCCUGAAACAAAUGGCAUGCAAUUACUUUUAUGCUAUGACACUGAAGGUGUCUAUGUAGAUACUAAUGGAAAAUUAACAAAAAAUAUUGUUAUUCAAUGGGGUGAAGUUCCAACUUGUGUAGCUUAUAUAUCUACCGGUCAAUUACUUGGUUGGGGUUUAAAAGCUAUUGAAGUGAGAUCAGCUAAAACUGGACAUUUAGAUGGUGUAUUUAUGCAUAAACGUGAACAAAAAUUCAAAUUCUUAUGUGAACGUACUGAUAAGGUAUUUUUUUCGAAUACCCGGUCUGGGCCACCCCAAGUAUCUAUGAUGACUCUUAGUGGUAUAAACUGGUAA